UUGUUGUCGGUUUGCACCGAAGUUAACCAAGACAGCAAGCAAGCAAACUCUGAACCUUCUUUCUUCCACCUUUUAUUUCUGAAAAAAACGACCGAACCAAAAUCAUUACAUGAAGAAGCGUCUUGCAUCCGGAAUUUGAAAGGAAUUUGUCAUGGAGAUAAUCUCACAGAGCUUCAUACCUCAGUGCUCUGUGGUGGCCUGGAGUAGUAAACUAGCCAAGAACAGAUUGGUGCCAAAUCGAUCAAACAUCUUAUUGUCUGGGGUCAGAAAACCCAGACUUGUGAUACGAAAUGGAAAUUCUGAUGGUUAUGUGGUUGGUGAGAAUGAGGAUUUGGGUGGUAUAACCAGAAGAGGAGAAUCAAAGUCGAAGGUUUUGAUUCCUGGUUUGCCUGAUGAAUCAAAAGGCGAGGCUGCUGCUCAAAUCAGUCGUUCUCACUACGAGUGGAAGCCUAAGCUCACGGUACAUAUUGAGAAAUCUGGUUGUGAAAACCUCGAGGCUCCUACGGUGUUGUUUCUUCCUGGCUUUGGUGUUGGUUCAUUUCACUAUGAGAAGCAGCUUACGGAUUUGGGAAGGGACUAUCGAGUAUGGGCGAUUGAUUUUCUUGGACAGGGUUUAUCCCUCCCGAAUGAAGAUCCUACUACCAUAUCUGAAGAAACCGGUGGCUUGGGAAAAAAUGAACCGUUUUGGGGAUUUGGUGAUGAAGCUGAACCUUGGGCUGAUCAACUCGUUUACUCUCUGGAUCUCUGGAGGGAACAAGUUCAGUAUAUUGUAGAAGAGGUUAUCGGUGAGCCCGUGUACAUUGCAGGGAACUCACUUGGAGGGUAUGUAGCUCUCUACUUUGCAGCAACCCAUCCUCAUCUGGUGAAGGGUGUUACGUUGCUUAAUGCAACACCUUUCUGGGGUUUCUUCCCUAAUCCAGUGAGAUCUCCAGUGUUAGCACGUCUCUUUCCAUGGUCUGGAACAUUCCCUCUACCUGCAAGAGUGAAAAAACUCACAGAAUUGGUGUGGCAAAAGAUAAGUGAUCCUGAAAGCAUAGCUGAGAUACUUAAGCAGGUCUACAAAGACCAUUCUACCGAUGUGGAUAAAGUAUUCUCACGUAUUGUGGAGAUCACGCAGCAUCCGGCUGCUGCAGCGUCGUUUGCUUCAAUAAUGUUUGCUCCUGGUGGACAGUUAUCUUUCAACGAAGCUUUAUCAAGGUGUAAGCAAAACAAUGUUAACAUAUGUCUCAUGUAUGGAAGAGAAGAUCCAUGGGUGAGACCAAUAUGGGGAAAGAAGAUAAAAAAGGAACUUCCCAACGCUCCAUACUACGAGAUCAGCCCAGCGGGUCACUGCCCACACGAUGAAGUCCCUGAGGUGGUGAACUAUCUGAUGCGCGGGUGGAUCAAGCACCUGGAGUCUGGUGGUUUUGAAGCGCUCCCGCUUUUGGACGAUGGUGAAGAAGACUGGGAGCAGUCCCGCAUUGCUCGGGAAAUCGAGUUUCCGAGAGAAGGUUGGAAAAAAGCAGUGAAUCUGUGGUUGUACGGGUCAAAGUAUUCGUACUGGCGUGGAGUUGGAGAAGCCUUCAGGGCCAGUUUUAAUAGGGCGUUUGGAGGGAAAAGUCUGCAUAGAAAGUAGCAUUUGCAACCGUCGUCGUUUAAUGUAAAUAGUUGUAAUCUAUGAUAUGCAUCCGAUGCUAGAAUGUUGUCUGAUAGAAUAGAAUCAAGUUUCUAAAUGUUCAAAAAGGAAAACGGAUGAAAAAAAAAAAAAAUCAAAAAUCUUCUGCCUGUUGCGUAUA